UUGUGAACGGUGGUAGCUAUAAAGCGUCUUCUACAGGACUUGGUAAUAUCUUCACUUUUACAGGCAAGAAUACAGUCGACAUGGCUUCCACGGUGCCAAUUAAGAUUGGAAUUAUUGGUGGUUCAGGCCUUGAUGAUCCAGAUAUCUUGGAGGGAAGGACUGAACGUUAUGUUGAUACACCAUACGGAAAGCCAUCUGAUGCCCUGAUACUGGGGAAAAUAAAAAACGUGGAAUGUGUGCUCCUUGCAAGGCAUGGGAGACAACACACCAUAAUGCCAUCCAAUGUAAAUUACCAGGCCAAUAUUUGGGCACUGAGAGAAGAGGGCUGUACACAUCUGUUGGUUACCACGGCUUGUGGCUCACUCCGGGAAGAGAUUCAGCCAGGAGACAUUGUCAUCAUAGAUCAAUUCAUUGACAGGACUACCAAGAGAGCUCAGACGCUGUAUGACGGACAGGCCUCCAGUCCUCCAGGAGUGUGUCACAUCCCCAUGGCUGAGCCUUUCUGCAACAGGACCAGAGAGGUUUUGGUGGAGGUGGCGCGGAGCCUGGGCGUCAAGUGCCACGUGCGUGGGACUAUGCUGACUAUCGAGGGGCCCCGCUUUUCCUCGCGGGCAGAGAGCCUGAUGUUCCGCCAGUGGGGAGCUGACGUCAUCAAUAUGACCACCGUGCCAGAGGUGGUCCUCGCCAAGGAGGCUGGCUUGUGCUAUGCCAGCAUUGCCAUGGCAACAGACUACGAUUGUUGGAAGGAACAUGAGGAGGCGGUCUGUGUUGACAAUGUAAUGAAGACGAUGAAGGAGAACGCCAACAAAGCCAGCAGUAUUCUGCUGACUGCAAUACCCCAGAUUAGUCAGAUGGAUUGGGCUCAGACGAUGAAGACCUUGAAAUCAAUGGCACAAUCUUCAGUAAUGUUACCAAAACACUAAGGGUGUAGAAAACAAUAAAGUAGAAAAGGAUACGGAUUCCAGACACCACCCGCACCGACUCCGACACGGACAACAGACUCAACUCUGCCUGUGGAUUUGUCAUCAGUGAAUCACAAGAAAGUGCCUCACAUAAAUAAUGCAUGUGCUGUGUCUUCAGCUGAAGUUUCAGUGUUUUUUCUUGACUCAGAAUACUCAUAGAAAACUCCCCUCUUUGUAGUGAUGAACACGUCACCCCUUUUCUCUGGAAAACGUACAAUCCGGUCACAUGUUUAUGUACAAAACAUUUCAAAAGAUUAACAAUAGAUUUUAAAUCUUCUUACAAUUAUACUUGAUAUUUUUUGUGGAUUUAUAUUUUUUGUGGUCUGUAAACGUUUCAAAUUCAUAUAUUUGUUGCCAGUAAACCAUCGGUGUCUUUAUUGCUGUUUAUGCAAGAUAUAAUAAAAAUGCUUUGCAAGUUUA